AUGGAAAAAAUUAAAUUCAAUGCUUUACGAAUAUAUAACGUGGACGAAACUGGCAUAACAACAGUCCAGUCCAAACAUCCCCGCGUCAUUUCUUUAAAGGGAAAGAAACAAGUGUGCGCAGUAACUGCAGCUGAAAGAGGCGCCUUAGUAACAGUCGUGUUCUGCAUGAAUGCCGCAGGGGGGUUUGUUCCACCACUUUUCGUGUUCCCUCGCAAGAACAUGAAAGCAGAAUUAUUAGACGGGGCUCCUCCUGGAUCUAUUGCUGCCUGCCAUCCCUCUGAUUGGAUACAGCAACACAUAUUUACACAAUGGUUAAAACAUUUUAUUGCCCACGGUAAACCAACAGAAAACGAUCCAGUUUUACUAGUCCUGGAUGGGCACUAUAGCCACACAAGAAACUUGGACGUUAUUGAGAUAGCUCGAAGCAAUCACUUGACUAUUAUUUGCAUUCCUCCCCAUACAUCCCACAAGUUAGAGCCUCUGGACUUAUCUUUCAUGGCUCCAUUCAAAACUUACUACUCACAAUCAAUUCAAUCAUGGCUGAAAAAUAAUCCAGAUCGCAACGUUACCGCAUUUCAAAUAUGCAAAUUAAUGUCCUCAGCAUAUUUAAAAGAUGCUUUUUCGGAUGUAGAUUUUGUUAUUGAAAGACAAAGGGAAAGAACACCACCGCAGCAGGACUCAUACUUUGACCUAAAUACUUCUGAAAAUGUGCAGCAAUUGGUGAUUCAGACUACACCUGAAAGAGAGAAAAGGGAGGAGCAGGAAACACUGAUAGCCCCAAAAGUAGCUAAAAAGCCUUCUACUCUAAUAACGGCUGAAGACAUCAUUCCUAUUCCCUCAUGUAGUGGAAUGCAAAACACAUCAGGAAAACGCAAAGGGAAGCAAGGAUCAAGUAAUGUCAUUACCAGCACUCCGUACAAGAACGAGCUAGAAAUUUCAAUACAUGAAAAAGAGAGAAAAGAGUCUCUAAAAAAUAAAAAAAACGUUAAAAGAAAUUUUACUGAAAAUGACGACAAGGGCAAGAGCAACAAAAAAGAUAAAAGUAAAGGCCAAGAAAAGAGCGAAGGCAAGAAGACAAAGCCAUUAAAGAAACCUAAGCUGGCAAUAAAAAAGAAAAAAGGACUACCUGAAACGUCGUCUAGUAGUUCCGAGGAGGAUCCAAUACUCGAUGAUGAUUCUGACAUGAAUGCUAGUGAUGUUGAUGUGGAAUGUAUGUUCUGUAAUGGUCUAUUUUCGGAAGAUGGGAAGAAAAAUGGGUAA